GGAUCAGCUGCUGAGGCUGCUAAUAAGCCGGCUGCGCUUGCAUCAACGCCUGUGGAAGGGAGGGAGGCGGACAAUGAAGGGGCGGAAGAAGCAGGGGCACAGCAGGCGACGGAGAGCCGGCGAGUGCAGAAAAGGGCUGCCAAGCAGACAAGGCUCAUGGACAAUUUGAGGCGAACACAAACUCUCAUUGCUGCUGCUCGGGGAGACUCAAAGACCAAGAAGGCGUCUAAGAAGAAGAAGAAAGGCGCAGUCACCAACCUGCCAACGAGCCUCACACUGGAUACACUCGCAUCAUCGCUGGGGGACGCCCUGUCAGAUGCACUGGCUCUGGGCAAGGAGGGGGAGAAGCGGCUGUCUGCGAAGCAGCGCGGGAAGAUCGUAGUUGAAGAGACCAAGCAAAUGGCUGCCGUGCUGUCACACCCCGCCUUCAAAUCCAACCCCUUCACAGCCAUUCAGCAGCACCUCUCAAACACUCUUCCUUCGGCAGUCGCCCCUCCCCCUCUCCCUACCAAGUUCGCUACGAGGCAAGCCCAACAAGCCUUGGAGAAGAAGAAAAAGAAGAAGAAAGCGAAGAAGAAAGCAGGCGGAGUGCAUGGGGAAGAUGCUAUGGAGAUGUGA